UGCAAAUUUCCGGUCACAGGUGGCGCCGUCUGAACUUUGCUUGAAAAGAACGAUAAUUCUGAUCGCAGAGAUUAGCCAAUAGAAAAAAAGCUUUUAUAUCCGUUUCGGUAGCAAAAGAUAUACAAUGGCCACCUCCGCCGAGAUUAUUCGGACCAAACUUGGAAUCGAAAAAUUAACCGAUUUCCAACAACAAGCCAUAAAUGAUUUGUCUGAAAAACGUGAUGUGUUUGUGGGGACUAAAACUGGAAGUGGCAAAACAGUAAUAUAUGAAGGCAUCGGCAUAUUAAACGAAAGUGUGACAGUAGUGUUAGCACCACUCCAAAGCAUAUUGGAGGAGCAGGUUGAAAGAUUGAACAAGCUAAAUAUCUCUGCUAUAUACAUAAAAAGUUCCCAAAUGCAUGUAAACGAUGUCAUUGCUGGGAAAUACACGUUUAUAUAUCGGAGUCCGGAAAUUCUUAUUGACACUAUAAAGUGGAGAGAGUUGUUUCGGCACCCUUUAUUCGCCAGAAAACUGGGCUUAAUUGUCGUCGACGAAGCUCACACCAUUUUGCAGUGGGGAGAGAGUCAUAAUGAAGAGGAGCCUUUUAGGGAGUGCUUUUCUAGAGUUGGAGAACUACGCUCUUUGUGCCCAGCAACUCCAGUUCUUGCAUUAACCGCAACAGCCAGUCCCACUAACCGACGCAAAAUUAUGAAAAGUCUCUGUUUUAAAAUGAAUCCUUGUGUGAUAGUGGACAGUCCAGACAGAAAUAACAUUAACAUAUCUGUAAAAAAAGUCAAAAACAAUUCUGAAGUGGAGGACAGUUUAGAUUUUAAAUUUAGUGGUCUGAAAAAUAAAGGUAAAGACUUCCCAAAGCAUCUAAUUUUUUGCAAUACAAUUAAAGAAUGUUCCAUUGUUUACUGUGCCCUGGUUCAAGAAUUUGGAUCGACAACUUCAUUAGUUAAUAUGUAUCACAGUAAAACUCCUGACGAUGUGAAGAAAUUCAUCCGAAAAGACAUGGAAGCAGAAAAUGGAAGCAUUCGUGUCUUAGUAAGCACAAGUUCUGCAGGAAUGGGUGUAAAUUUUAAAGAUUUACAGAACAUUGUACAUUUUAGCCCUCCGCAGGACAUGGACACAUUUAUUCAACAAAUGGGACGGGCUGGAAGAGACGGGAAGUUUUCUCAAGAACUUAUCUUAUAUAAAAGUCAUAAAAAUCAAAUGAAAAAUCUUGAUCAUGAAAUGAUGAAGCUUAUUACCACCGAUUCAGAUUGUCGGAGAGAAAUAAUUGCUGAAUGUUAUUUAACAAAAAAACCCUAGAAACUGUAACUGAUCAUAAUUGCUGUGAUAUUUGUGAAACCAAAUGCAAUGAUAUUGAAUGUCCUCGCAUACAUCCAGCAUUUUCCACUAUGGACGUUUCAGUGACUCAGGAGCAGAUAAGGACCAGAAAUGUUUCUGUUGAGGACGAAAAACUUUUGAAACAUUAGCUAAAAUUACUUAAGGAAUCACAAGACCAAAAUUCGUCAUCUUUCAUAACAGACUUUGAGAGAAUUUCUUUAUCAGCUAUAGAAAACAUCAUCAAUAAUGCAAGCACAUUAUUCACUGUUGAUGACAUUUUGCGCUAUGUUUGGUCAUAUAGCAUGGCAAAAAAUGUUCAUGGAAUUAUUUGUGAUGUUUUUGAUGACAUGAUUAUGAUAGAAGACUCAAGCUCAGAUUCUGAUUAAAUUUGUUUAAUGAACGAUUUUUUAUUGUUCAUUUUACUCAUAAACGAAAUAAAAUUGGUA